GCAGGGAUGACAAUGACAAUAAUGACAAUGUGGUGAUAAUGAUUUGACGAUGAGGGGGAGGGGGAGCACGAGCUGGAGCGCAUGCAGGAGGACGAGGACGAGGACGAGGACGAGGACGAGGACGAGGACGAGGACGAGGACGAGGACCGUACGGAGAGGAAGGGUGCCUUUGGGGAUUGUGGAAAAGAAGAGGAAGAUGUAAGGGGACCGAUAGAAUCAGUAAGUGGAAUCUGUAAGCGAUUGGAUACUUGCGGUCAACCUGAAGACCUCCUAUUGGAGUUCUGUCAGCCAACUGAUUACUUGGAAGAAGAGCGCAAGUUGCUUGUCAACAGCUUCAGAGUUCAAGAGGGUUUAAGAAACAGAGCCACGAUAUCGCCGUCUAACCCCUGAGAAGAUCUGAUCUUUGCUGAAAAGAGAGGGGUUGAUUUCUUCGUACAUGAGGAAAUGCUCGCACCAGCAAAUAUCUUCUGCCAACAGACAGGUGUCUCAAACAGUAUAAGCAGAUAACAACACGUAUUCCUGUCUCUGCGUA